AGACCGUCUAAAGUCAUUAUCUACUACUGACGCGGUGACGCCAUCAACUGCUUCUUCUUCCUCUUCUUCUUCUUCUUCCUCCUCAUUCGCCUUUUCAUUCCGAAUCUUCUCUCUUUCUUUCUCAGCCUCCUCAAUUGAUCACCUUCUCUCAACCAACUCCUCCAUGGCAACAGCGGCGGCGGUUGCGGCAGCACCACCUACUCUCGACCUUUGUACAGUCUUAAUCGAAUCAAAACGCAUCAUCAACGCCCACUCCCGUCAUUUUCUCGCUCUCUCUGUCCUCUUUCUUCUCCCUCUUUCCUUUUCUCUCACUGUGUACCCGACUCUUCAAAACCUUCUUUCAAAAUCCUCUACGAGCAACUCUAAAAUUUUCCUCACUAGCUCUGUUUUCUUCUUUGAUCAAGACCCGUCUGAUUUUAUAAUUGCCAAAAACAUAGUUCUUUCUCUCCUCUUCUUUCUCUUUGUCUCUGUUUUCGCUCUUCUUUCUGUUGGUUCUAUCACCUACAGCGUGCUCCAUGGCUUUUAUGGUAGACCCGUCAAGUUUAAAUCCGCUAUCAAAUCAGCUUUCGCUUCUUUCCUUCCUCUUUUAAUCACAGUCUUUUUUGUCGAAAUUGCUGUGUCUGCGAUAUCUCUGGUUUCUGGGUUUUCCUUAUUUUUGGUGAUUAAGGGUAUUGAGCUUUUGGGAUUGGAACUCCAGUUCUCUUCUCCUUAUUUUAUUGGGUUAUCUGUAAUUGUUUCAAUUGUUUUGGUAUUGACUUUAGUGUAUUUGCAACUUAAUUGGUCUCUAGCAACUGUUAUUGCAGUUGUUGAAUCGAGUUGGGGCCUUGCACCACUGAAGCGGAGUAGUUUUCUGAUAAAGGGAAUGAGAGGAGUGGCUUUUGCUUUAUUAUUGUUCUUUGGAUUUUUGGUGGGGAUUUUGUUAUUCCUUACUUCUGUAUCAGGAGUCACACUGGGUAUUGGCACUAGCAGAGGAUGGAAAACUUGUGGAUCUAUUCUGCAAAUUGUGGGAACUUCAACUCUGCUUAUGCUUUUGCUCCUUUACAAUGUAGCAGCACAUACUGUUCUAUAUAUGUAUUGCAAAGCUAUACAUGGGGAGCUUGCUUGGGAGAUUGCCGAGGAAUUUGCGAGGGAGUAUGUCAGCUUGCCCUUUGAUGAUGGAAAAGUCCCUCAUCUUGUCUCUGUUGUUUAUACUUGAAAAAAAUAAUCCAAAGGUUAGGUUGUUCAUAUUUUUCCUUUAUUUUUGUCUCCCAUAUGUUGUUUCUGUGUAUAUGUGUAAAAUAAGUUCUGCGAAUGCUAAGCAAAAAAAUAUGAAACUUCUUGAUAUUACUCAGCAUUGUUCA